GAAAGAGAUCCAUAUAUUAUUAUCAAAGGAAAGGGAAUUGAAUUGAGGUUAUAUUUUAUAAUCACGUUUCACGACUCGACGCUCGACUCAUAUUUUAUUGAUAUUCGAUAAAAGAUAAAAUUAAGAUGAAAGUAAGAACAGAUCAUUGGGAUUUGUUAUUAACGAUGGCCGAAAAUACUCCGGAAUUAAUAACUAAUAAAUUUAAUAGGAUUGCUGGCAAAGCCAAAGGCCACGCCAUGUGGCAAACGUUGGCAAAUAGAUUGAAUGGUUUGGGCUUUGGGGAAAAAAACCACAGCAGAAUGGAGAAGGGCUUUGACUGAUUGGAAAUCAAAAACAAAAGCCAAAGCCGCAAAAUUAAGAAUGGCUCAAGAAGGAACUGGAGGUGGACUUUCUACGGCAUUACCCCUCACAGAUUGUGAGAAGAGGCUUCUUAGUUUAAUGGGUAAUGUUGCCGUAGAAGGUGAUAGGGGAGUAAUAGAAUUUGGCCAUGAAAUAGGUGAGGAAGAGAAACACACUGUAGAAUAUGCCCAAGAACAUCACGCGGUAGAAUAUGCUCAAGAAAAUGAUCAUGAUUAUAAUAAAAGUUCCAACUCCCUUAAAAAGAAAACGGGUUAG